AUGGAUGAUAUAGCAAAAAGUUUAGCUCAAGGAUAUUUCAAGGAUGAGAUACCCCGGAAAUGGAGGCUCCUAAGUGGAGAAAACAAUUGGGAGGGUUUGCUAGAUCCUCUCGGUAUCGAUCUCCGUCGUGUCAUCAUUCACUACGGCGAGAUGGCUCAGGCCACAUACGACGCAUUCGACACAGAGAAGGCGUCGAGAUUUGCCGGGAGUAGCCGAUAUGCAAAGAGAGAUUUCUUCUCUAAGGUCGGCCUCAACGAGGGAAACCCAUUUAAGUACUCCGUGACCAAAUUCUUGUACGCGACCUCAGAAAUUCAUGUCCCCGAUGCUUUUCUUAUCAAGCCUCUGUCGCGAGAGGCUUGGAGGAAGGAGUCGAAUUGGAUGGGGUAUGUCGCUGUGGCCACUGACGAAGGGAAGGCUGUGUUGGGUCGGAGGGACAUUGUCGCGGCUUGGCGAGGGACGAAGCAAACGUUGGAGUGGAUUGAUGAUUUCGAGUUCAGUUUGGUUUCGGCUUCGGACAUACUUGGUAAGGCUAAUAAUCCUAAGGUGCACCACGGUUGGUACUCAAUCUACACUUCUAGCGAUCCACGUUCGCCGUUCAGCAAGAAGAGUGCCAGACAUCAGGUUCUUGAAGAAAUACGGAGACUCGUCGACUUGUACAAAAAUGAAGAAAUCAGCAUCACAGUCACCGGGCACAGCUUGGGAGCUGCAAUUGCAACCCUGAAUGCGGUUGAUAUCGCCGCGAAUGCUUUUAACAAGCCUACAGGUCACCGAACUAACGGUUGUCCGGUCACAGCCAUUGUGUUUGCGAGCCCUAGAGUAGGAGAUUCAAACUUCAGGAAGGUGUUUUCUGAGCUUGCUGAUGUUCGAGCUUUGCGCGUCCGGGAUGCCUUAGAUGUCGUCCCGAACUAUCCAUUGCUAGGCUAUUCAGAUGUUGGGGAAGAGCUAGCGAUCGAUUCUCGCAAAUCUAAGUACUUAAAGAGUCCUGGAAAUGUCUCAAGUUGGCAUAAUCUUGAAGUUUAUCUACAUUGUGUAGCAGGAACACAAGGGACUCAUGGAGGCUUUAAGCUAAUGGUUAAUCGCGAUAUCGCACUUAUAAACAAAGCCAUAGAUGCUUUAAAAGAUGAAUAUCUUGUGCCAGCUUCAUGGUGGUGUCCGAAGAAUAAGGGCAUGGUUCAACAAGGGGAUGGCUCUUGGAAGUUAAUGGAGCAUGAAGACGAUGACCCUGAUAAUUGA